AUGUCAGCGGUGAGCGGUGAGCAGAUGCUAGUACGUCGUGUGAAGCAGGAAACAGAAGCUCCUCCACAGUACUCGCCACCAGAACCACAACCCCCCCAUCCACAGCCCCUGCACCCUAGGACUAUGCCCAUGAUGCAGCCACCAGAGUUGGAACUCGAACCUAAGGAAGAGGUGAAGUUCUGUGUCUCUCCUGGUGACGGAACAAUCGUCGGCAACACGAGCCCUGAGCAACAACACUGUUCUUCGACUACCGCAGCUGCUGCCAGCGGUGCAAGAGAUGACGAAGCCCCUAAGCGCUGGUGUUUAGUGUGUGGUGAUACUGCGUCAGGGUUCCAUUAUGGAGUGGCCAGCUGUGAGGCCUGUAAGGCGUUUUUCAAGAGGACUAUACAGGGCAACAUUGAAUACACGUGUCCCGCCUCAAAUGAGUGCGAGAUAAACAAACGGCGCCGGAAGGCGUGCCAAGCUUGUCGUUUCCGCAAGUGUCUGCGUACGGGGAUGCUGCGUGAAGGCGUCAGGCUGGAUAGAGUUAGAGGUGGACGACAAAAGUACAGAAGGGCGCCUGAUGCUCCCGCCGUUGCACAGCCCAGGCCACAACUUGAUGAUAUCAAGGUGCUAGAAGCCCUCAACUCGUAUGAACCAGAUCUUUUCACAUGCUCGGCCCCCCCGCCGGGGGUUCUCGAGCCGACUGCCAAGACCCUGGCGCUACUUGCAGACCUGUACGACAGGGAGCUGGUCGGCGUCAUUGGUUGGGCCAAACAGAUACCUGGUUUCACAGAGCUGCAGUUGAAUGAUCAGAUGCGUCUGUUACAAAGCACAUGGGCGGAGAUGCUGAGCCUGAUGCUGGCCUACAGGUCAAUGUCUGGAGCAACAGGCAGUCCCCUACGUCUGCGGUUCGCUACGGAUCUCGCGUUAGACGAACAGCAGGCCCGGGAGAUUGGAGCACAGGAUUUAUUCACACAGGUGGCGGGCGUGGCGCGGCGCCUGGAGCGCGCGGCGGCUCUGCGCGAGGAGUGCUACCUGCUCAAGGCGCUGGCGCUCGCCAACUCCGAGGCGCGCAUCGACGAGCACGCCGCGCUGCGCCGCUUCCGCGACUCCAUCCUCGCCGCGCUCAACGACGCCGUGGCCGCGCUCAGGUAA